AUGAAAGGGAAUAAUUGUAUAAUUUCUUUAUGGCUAAUUUUUGCUACCAUCGAUUCAGAUUUUCAAAUUUAUCAUUCAUUCUUGUUAAGGCAGGCAGCAUGA